AUGUUUUACCUCCUUCACAACACCACAGCCUUUCUGUUAAUAUUAUGUGUAGUCUUUGCACUUUCCAGCUCCAUUAAUUCCCAGCCUGCAGCCUACGCUACCCACAGUUGUUUAGAUCAAUCAAAUGAAACCGCCAACGCCGAUUACAAAUCCAACCUCACAGUCUUGUUGGAAUCUCUAUCAUCAAAGGCUUCCCAAAACUACAGCUUCUACAACGAAAGCUCUAAUAUUGGCAUCCACGGCCUCUACCUCUGCCGAGGUGAUGUUUCUAAUGAAACCUGCCAAAUCUGUCUGAGCUAUGCGACCCAAGAUAUCACAACUCGGUGUGCAUCUAAUAAAUCUGCAAUUAUAUGGUACGAUAAAUGCAUGUUAAGGUAUUCCAAUGUUAGUUUCUUUGGAGUGGCAUCGUGGUCACCAGCGAUUAUUGGCCAGAAUACUGCUAACCAACCUGAUUUUUACUCGCUUACUCUGUUGGAUUCUCUAAUAAAGCGUGUCAAUGUAGAUGAGAAGUUGUAUGACACUGAUAAUCUGACAGUGAUAUUGAGCGGACAGUCCGUGAUAAGUUAUGGGUUGGUGCAGUGUACUAGAGAUAUCGAUGGUGGUUUAUGUGUCCAGUGCUUAAAUGGCUUGAUGGAUUUAGCCAAAAAUUGUUGCCAAGCCAAAAUAGGGUGGCGAAUUUUAGCCCCAAGUUGCAAUCUGAGGUACGAGAACCAAAGUUUCACGGAUCAACCACCAGCAACGCCGUUACAACCACCACCACCGCCCCAAUCCGUGCCUCCAGCACCACAGCCGCCGCCUGGGAACGGAGAUGGAGGAAAGAAAACAACAAAGGCAGUAAUCAUUACCAUAUCAUCAAUUGUUGUAGUUGCAGCUCUUUUGGGUUUCUGGUAUUUUUCAUCCUCUCGCAAGAGGAAACACGAAGAAGAGAGCGACACAAGUCAAGUAAUUCCGUUACAAAGGACACGUUCAAUACACCUAACGAAAAGCAAUAUGCACGCAAGGGAUGACGAUAGUGGAGAAAUGCAAAACUUUGAUUUGAGUACCAUAUUGACUGCUACAAACAAUUUCUCUGAUUUGAAUAAGCUUGGAGAAGGUGGUUUCGGCCCAGUUUACAAGGGCAAGUUGAUUGAUGGAAAGGAAAUAGCAGUUAAAAGGCUCUCAAUGAAAUCUAAACAAGGCCUUGAAGAGUUUAAGAACGAAGUGAUUUUAAUUGCAAAACUUCAGCAUAAAAGUCUAGUGAGGCUCUUGGGAUGCUGCUCGGAAGGACAUGAACAAAUUUUAGUUUAUGAAUACAUGGUCAACACUAGUCUUGACGCCUUCUUGUUUGAUCCAAAAAAAUGUAAGGAACUAGACUGGGCUAAACGCAUAAACAUUGUCAAUGGGAUUGCUAAGGGCCUUCAAUAUCUACAUGAGGACUCUCGACUGAAAAUCAUCCAUAGGGAUAUGAAAGCAAGUAAUGUGUUGUUAGAUGGUGAAAUGAAUCCAAAGAUAUCAGAUUUUGGUACCGCUAGGAUUUUCGGGAGCAAUCAAAUUGAAGCCAACACUAUCAGAAUCGUGGGUACAUACGGAUACAUGGCACCAGAGUAUGCAAUGGAGGGACUAUUUUCAAUAAAGUCUGAUGUUUAUAGCUUUGGAAUUCUAAUGCUAGAAAUUGUUAGUGGAAAAAAGAAUAGUGGCUUUUAUCAUCUAGAGCGUGCACAAAGUCUUCCAUCAUAUGUAUGGCGACUAUGGAAUGAAGGCAAAGGACUGGAGUUGAUAGAUAAGACUAUAGUUGAUAGUUGUCCCACAAGUGAGGCUUUGAGAUUGAUCCAUAUCGCAUUGUUAUGUGUUCAAGAAGAUCCAAAUGAUAGACCUACCAUGUCAAGGGUCAUUUUGAUGCUUGCAAGUAAAUCGAUAAAUCUUCCUCAGCCCUCGGCACCUCCAUUUUCUGUAGAUAGGUUAAUCAUGUCUGAUAAAUCUUCAAUUGGCACUGGAAUGGAAUCUGUCAUAUCUGAUCAAUCUUCAACAAGUGCUUCUAGUUAGUGAAUAGAUUAACUGGAGCAUGCUAUUCAUGAUGUAGUGAGGUUUUGGAACA